GACAGUGGCGUCACCCGUUGUCCGUUUGCAGAAGCUUGUCGAUAUGCCGAUUUGAUCGAGUUUCUGCAACUCAAGGCGUACUUUUUUCCCGUUUGUUUGCGUUCCUGUUGGAUGUAGUGAUGGGUACGACCGACCCAGUGGUGGUGACAAUCUAUAAGCCCGUGAAGCUGUUCUUGCAGAAGGGACGAAUACUCGUCUGGAAUGCCGACGAUGCCAAUACAUUAAGAAUGAAGCACAGAAUAGUUGGAUUCCAGAUUGGUUGCUUAUCACAGAGACCAUUUCAAAAUGGGUGCUUGGGAAUGCCAAUGCUCCUUAUGAAGGAAGAAGCCUAUGUUCUUCUCCAGAAAGGGAUAGCCAGGCUACUAAGAAAUACGAAGCUUCUUCGUCUGCCAGACGAUGGUGACAGAGAGUAUAUAAGAAAAUACCAAGACGACAUCUACCAAGAACAGUGUCAAGUCCUGAUGGAACGGAGGCGCGAGGACAUCAUGCGGCAUGCCGACUCCAUAGUGGCAGGAAAAUUGGCAAAGCUCAAGGGAGAGUCUAGAAAGAAAAGGAAGAAAGCACAGAGACAGGCCAUGGGAACAGACAAAGCUGAGAACUUUACUCAAGUCUUUGACCACGUGGGGCCAACAGUCAAGACAGAAGAAACAGAAAUUGAUAAAGAGACCAUCAUUCAGAAAGAACUGGAAAAGGUGAAGGUCCCUCCGAGGGAUCUAACCUGCACACCCAUCUUGAAUGAGUGCCCUUUAACGAAAGAGUCAGACCUAGAAUCAGUCUCUCUGAAUUAUCCAUCAACACAGAGGGAGACCAUCAGGUGUAAAGUGUUUCAGGACCUGUGGGAGAAAGGUCAUUACCUAUCAUGUGCAGCCAAGUUUGGCGGUGACUUCCUUCUAUAUUGUGGAAAUCCGUUGAGGUAUCACGCCUAUGGCAUUGUGGUCUGCGUGGAAAGCCAACAGGAAUUUACUGGGCUGGAUGCAGUUUCCUGGGGUCGCCUCGGCAACAGUGUGCACAAGACAGUAGUGCUAGCAACAGUUGAAGAUGGUGCUGUGGUGUACCUCUCUAUCCGGUGGGCAGGAGAGCAAGGACACUGAUGGAAGUCCUUAUCGCAAGAUGAAUGACGGUCCCUUUGUGAGUCGGUGGACUACCAUACCAAUGGUAUUUGCAAGUUUUACCAAACUGCACUGUCAGAACACAUCAUUUCACCAAAAAUUCUGUAUCUCAUACUUUUAGCUGCGCGGGAAAGACAGACAAAAAGACAGUUUGUGUCCUCUCAAAAAUGAGUAUUUAAUCCACUCAAUUCCAUUGCACAAUCAUGUAUAGUUCUUUCACUCAUCAUGUACAGAACACUGCGGUGUAUUUACAAUAUGCAGCCUGGCUGCACAACUAUGUACACAGUGAAGAAUGUACAAGGAAUGUAUAAUAAAUACGGAGCCUAUGUACAAAAGGCUGUACGAUACAACA